GUGAAAAAUACAAACAAAUAAUACAAAUUAAACGCUUAAUACAACUAAUUAAAAAAAAACAUUAAAAACAUAAAACAUCACAACAAAAAGUUUGUUUAGCAAAAGCCAAUGAACAGCCAAGGGCCAAUAACAAAUUGUAUUGUGAAACAAUGAAUUUCAAAGCGUGAAUUUGUGUUUGAAAAUUCACAAAAAUUUCGUGGCGUGUGUAGACUUAAAACAAGCAAAAAAAAAAAAAAAACAACAAUAAGUGAACGGAACAUAGCAAGAAAAAAGCGUCAAUUAAAUACAAACUGGAUAUGAAUUGAAUUCGCUUUUGUGAGUUGUGCAUAAAUUUGAAAACGAGAAAUUCAAAAAUACAAAUCGAAUGCAAAAAUUCGAAAAAGUAAAAUAAACAACUAGUUUAAGAUAAAUAAAAUCCCCACCAAAUGGUACAAGCAGUAAGCGAAGUGAGUUUAAGUGAUUGAUGUUACAAAGCAGUUAUUGAUAUGCGAGUAUGUAAAAUAGUUGAAACAAAUAUACUUAUAUAAAACCAAAGCGUAAAAAUAAAGCUUUAAACAGAUUGUCAAAGUUUCAAAAUAUAUUCAGAAGGAAAUAAAUAUAUAUACGUGUAUACAGCAGCCAAAGAAAACACCUUCGUCAAGGAAACAAUUUAAAGUGAAACUCGAAACUUGAACACAACUGAGUACCGUUAAAAGGUUCUGACAAACAUAACUGAAUAAUUUAAAUUAUUUGAAAUAAGACAUUUCAUUUUUGAGGUGCUUCAGAGUGUACAAAUAAAGUUGGCGAGCGAGACAACUCUUGCAACAAUAAAAAAAAAUUUACCAAAAAGCGCAAGCAAAACUUUAAUAGCCAUUCAAGAAGAAGAAGAAGCUGAAGCAAAAGACAAGUGACUAAGCUGAAAGUAAGCCGAACACUGUUUAGUUGAGUCGGGCAAAAAACUUUCCGUCAUAAAGGCAGUGGAAAAAAAGUGAAGAAAGUGAAAGAAAUUUAGCGCGAGCCUACGCGCAUACAAACGAAACGGGAGUGCCUAGGCGUGAAAAUUCGCAAAAAAAAGAGCGCUGAAAUACAAAAAAAGAGGCAACUAACAAAUACCAUACAACAACAACGACAACACCAAAUACAAAUAAAAAAGAAAUAAAAAAUAAAUUUGCAUUUGUUUGAAGUAAACGCCACACCGCCGCGCCCACAAACGUUGACUAAGCGCGUUUCAAGUGAAUAGUAAAAUAAAGCACGAAAAAAAGAAACUUUUUCACCAACAUUAAAAAAAAUAAAAUUGUUUUUGAAAAUCAUAGUGUUUGGCAGCGCAUUUAAGAACGUGCACACUAACGCGCGUGCGCUCGCUUUGUUUUUGUGCCAAUCUCUGUUGUCUUCUUGGUGUACCAAUGCCGCGUAAGUUACUUCCGUACAACGGGAUUACAUCAUUGAACAUUUCGCAGCAACAGCAAAGACAAAAACAACAACAUAUUCAAAGCACACAUAGACAAUUUAAGCAAAAAGUUAUUGUGUGUAGCUGAGUAUCGCUCCAAGCAGUAACAGCAACAAGAAGAAGUAGAAGAAGAAGAAACCUUUUAGCAACACAUGCUAAACACCCCAACCCGCCACUGCAACAAAUAAUGGCCAUAGAUUUUCUCAUACUCACACUACUACUACUCUCUUUCGUCAUCAAUUUGCUGGCUUUGGGCGCUUUCUGGGUCACACCGGGACUGCGCACCACUGCCAAUCGUUUCACCAUCAAUUUGCUCGUAAUCAAUCUGAUUGGUUGUCUUAUAUUAGCACCAACGCUGUUCCUUAGUCAAUCAGCGUCGUCAAACGUGUCAUUAGCGCCCGCGCCGACGGAAGAUGUCGCUAAUGCAUCCACACCCACAGCUAGCGCUGAGUCAGCAGCGGUCGAAGCGUUAUCCUCCAGCCUUUCACUCGCCGCUUCGGCAAGCGACGAUCGCAUCGAAAUACUCGCCAAACCGGGCAACCGUCAGAUGACAAUUAAACAUAACGGCAAAUUGGUGGAGCAGGAAGGCGUUAUUGUGCGUCGCAAUUUGACGGGCGCACAAGAUCCGCGUACAAUUGAGACGAUAUACAAAUGCAAUUCCACGUACUGCCAGGAGCUGACCAUCGACGAGGGUACCGAUACGAUUGUUAUCACUGAAAUCGAGGAAGCGAAUCAUCACAGCGGUGCGGAGACAGUGAGUGAGGCGCAUUCAAGUGUGGUGUCAGCGCUGCUACCGCGUCCACACAUACGCUGCUGGUCAAUUGAUAUGGCAGCGGCAUUGGGCGCACUCGGCGUGCUGCUCGUUGUCGGCGACACUUGGUGUGCGGUCACCGAUCCACUACGCUAUCAUACGCGCAUCUCCAGUCUCAAAACAUGGGUCUUCAUUGCGCUCACCUGGUUGGUGGGCUUGAUGUUUGGCGCUUUGUCGGCGUUUCGUGAAAUUGACUUCACCUCUACAACAGUGCUGCAUGAGCGUCAAGGUUUUGCCGAGUUGAGCAUGUCGUCAGCGAAUAGUAUUUUUGGCAUCACCUUUGCCUGUGUUUACUUCGUUAUCAUCAUACUGCUGCCAUUUGGCUUUGUUUGCGGUAUGUAUUGGCGUAUUUUCAGCGAAGCGCGUGAGAAUGGCUUACGAAUGCGUCAGAAUGGCUCAUCACCGCUGCUACAGAGUGCGCUUAAUUUAACACACAAUCAGCAGAGCUCAUCGCUGCAGUAUGCAAAUAUGUGCGCACAUCGUAACUCCGUAUCAUCAGCGUCGUCGAAUGGCGGUAGUAGCGCUUGCGAACGUGGCGGACUUCAAAUGCAGAUCGACCAGCGUCGCAGUUCACCGGUGUGCGCGCGUCGCGACUCUGCAGCCAAAGUGUUGCUGCCAACCAUCUCCGAUGAUGGCUUAUCCGAUGAGGCGGCACAACUGGAAUCCGGCGACUUCAACACCGAACCGUUGGUUCCACUAACGCAGCAGCCAAACUAUGCAGAUCGUAAUCAAAAUAUACUGCUGACACUGCAAACAGCCAGCGGCGAGAUUAAACGCAACUACUCAGCGCGUCAGCUGCCAUUACUCGGCACCUCCUCGCAAGAUCUGCAAGAGUCGCAUGGCUUGCAGGGUGUACGUCAGGUGCACUCCUCGCCAAAUCUGCACAAGUAUACGCAAGAUGCCCUCGAACCGAAUUGCUCACCACAUCUGCUUGGCCAUCAGCAAUUGCAUGCGCAACAACACACGCCCACCGUACGUCAUCAACAAUUCAUGCCGCAAAACUCGCACAAUCGCACACAACACUCACAUGUAUUGCAAAUUCCCUGCCUGCAACAUGGCUCACCGAAAGCUCUCAGCUACAUGUCCACGUUGCGCCAUCGCCUCUCGAAUGCCUCCUCGCUGUUCAAAUAUCGCGAGGAGUCCCGCACCGUACGCAUCAGUAUACUGGUGAUUAUUAUGUUCCUGGUCUCAUAUCUGCCUUACGGCUUCUUGGUACUGCUACAAAGUCGCAUGGCGAGCGCCAACUUCGAACAUUCCACACAACUUGCCAUCUUCAUGCUGCUUCUGGGCAAUCUCACUUCACCCUUCAUCUUUGCCUAUCGCAACAAGCGUGUACGCCGCGGCGUUAAACGCCUAUUUGGCUUUGAAGCCAGUACACGUGAACGUAGCUUACAACGGCAGAGCAGUUCAAGUGGACGCGGUAGCGGUUUUCUCAAUCGCCAUUGCGCCGGCACGCGCAGUGGUGCGAACAUCAGACGCAACAUUAGCAAAUUGUCAACGCAUUCGCUCAACUCCUGCAAGUUCCUAACGCCGCAGAAUUCACUCAGUGGCGCAGUACCGCCGCCAACUCCGGCCGCAGUGGGUGCAUCGAAUAGACAUAGCAGUCCAGCGCGUAUACAUGGACUGCGUCCGAAUAGCAGUUGUAGUACGAUCAUCAAUUUUAGUGCGCCGCUGGCAAAGGAAACGACGCCACCGUCACAUCAGCAUCAACACCAACACCAACAACAACAACAACACCACCACCACCACCACCAUAAAUCCAACACAGCAGUAGAGGCUAAUAAACAAAAGACUGUGUCGGUAGAGCCGACGUCUAUAACAACAACAACCACAACAACAACAACGACAAAACACUGCGACACUAUCCAUCCAGCAAUGAAGACGACUUUUAUCUUGAACAUGAAUGGCAAUUCUCCGAAUGGUACAGCGCGCAUUACACAAACAACAGCGACACUACCAGCAUUGAAUGGCAAAUUUGAGGCUAAGCGCAGUUUAUUUAAGAUCUUCUUUCAGAGUUCAAAGAAUUUGAGCUGUGCCGCAGCGCAGUCAUGCGCGCAAGGCAAGGAGACUGAAGUGGAGCCGGCAGAAGUCUGAAAUGGAACAGCCCAAGCGAGGGGCAUAGCGAAAGUCAGUCUCAGACUCAGUCUCAGUCCAAGGUGCGCAGACAACUUGGCAGCCACAGUUGGAUGUCGCCGAUAGCUAUUCAGCAUGCUCAAUCUCUACGGUCUAGUCGCGCAUUAGCUGGUUAUCAAAAUGCCAGUGUAGUGUUGAGAGGCACGUAACAUAGGUAUGUAGUAGCAGAUCGCCGUUGGCAGCUGGAACAGCAGUAAUUCGAGUGCUAACGCAGCUCACCGAAUGGGCACAGCGACAACCGUCGUCGUCAUCAUCAACAGACCAGUACCGUCCAGCACCGCCACAGCAGCCAAUUGGUUGUGUUUGUGGUAAGCGAGCGUGUUGUUGCUGUUGUAGACAAAAAGCAGAAAUACAGUAACCAGUCAGUAUUCCAAUAUAUGUAUGUACACUUUUUAUGUGCUAAUAAAUCCUAAAAAAAAAAGCUAGCAGUAAUUAAAUAGAUCUAGUUCUACAUAUAAAUGCGAAACCACAAAGCCAGCCACUUUCUUGGUGGGCGUUUAAGCGCAAACGUGCGCGGCGAAUUGCACGCUUGACUUGCUAAAGUUGUAGAUUGGUGAUAAAUACACAUGUACAAAUGUAUACAUAUAUAUAUAUGUGGUAUGUAUGUAUAAUAUUAUGUGCUUUUAUCAUAAUGACAGCUUUUCUUUUGCCACUUGCCUAAGCCGGCCAAAAAGUGCUUGAGCGCGGGAUAACAGUAAAAAAAA